CACAUGACUGUCAGGAGGAAAAAUAGAGCAGGAAGAGAGUUUGCUUUCUCCUUGUUGUUGUAAACAUUUAAUUUUCACAAUAAGACGGAAGAGCAGCUUUGUGCUCUGAAGAUUCAUGGAUCUAAAAAAGCGCAAUUCUGUUUCUGGGUGGUGACGGUUCACUUUCAUGGUGCUGAAACCAAAGAAAAGACCAAGCCAAACUUCGCCUUAAAUUUGCUUCAUUUAAAAUAAUCUGGAUUAUCCUCCGAGGGUCAGAGGUCACCAUGGGCUCUGCAGUGGAAAGGACAGAUGAGCAUGUGAGGGAGUAUCUGAUCUACCGUGGCUUCACCAACACUCUGAAACAUCUGGACAACGACAUAAAAGCCGACAAGGAGAAAGGCUUCAGGGUGGAUAAAAUCAUCGAUCAGCUGCAGCAGUUUGUCCAGAGCUUUGACCUGGCUGGUCUGAAGGAAUACUGGCUCUACCUGGAUAAACGUCUGUUCAGCAGACUCGAGGAUGUUUACAGAUCCACCGUCAACAAGCUGAGGAUCAGCCUGUACAGAUACUACAUCAUCAACACCGUGCAGAAAGGAAACCUGGAGAAGACUCAGGAGUUUUUCCAGAAGCAGGCGUCAGAGCUGCAGGGUCAGGCUGAGUGGCGUGAUUGGUUCAUCCUGCCAUUUAUCUCCUCCCCUGAGCAGAACCCCGCCUUCUGUCAGUACUUCUCCCGCCAGUGGUCUGACACCUUCCUGGUUUCACUGCAUAACUUCCUGUCGGUCCUCUUCCAGUGUAUGCCUCAGCCUGUCCUCCUCAGCUUCGAUGCCGAAGUCCAGAAGAUGACCUGCCUGAUGGAGGAGAAUGAACAGCUCCGUCAGCUGCUGUUCGCCCUGCAGACGGAGAGCCGGGAUCAGAGGGAUACAGAUGAGAUGAUCCACCACAAGCUGCCGACAUACGUCCAGAACAUGGACCGACUGGGAGACACUGAGCUGGACUUAGUGACGAGCCAGCGAGCUGUCAGCACUGCCACCACCCCUACCAGAAACUUCUUCUCAACAUUCCUACCACAAGGCAAACGUACCCCAGGGAAACCAAUGCAAGCCAUCUCUGGGUCCUCACCAAGCCAGGCAGCAAUGGGCAGGAAGGACCCACUGAGUAAUCAGCCUGUGAAAUCUAAAGAAGCAGGCCAAGUUAAGGAGGUGAAGCCAGCAUCUACCCAGUCAUCAACCAGUGAACCAGUGAGCUCCCAGUCCCAGCUGUCUACAAACCAGUCAGGGAACCAGAAUUCGAGACACAAAAGAAUCCAAGAUCAUGAGAAGGAGAGGAAGGAGCUUUUCUCGAAACCACCACCACAGACAUCAGAGAAGAAAGGGGAGCUGGGGGAGGGGGAGCCUCCCAUGGAGUCCUCAAGUGAACCUACCGAUUCCUCAAACAGCAGAAGCUGCGGUGCAAGCCAAGAGGAACCUCCCUUCAUUAAACUCAGCCAGGAGGAGUACGGAGAACACCACUCGUCCAUCAUGCACUGCAGGGUUGACUGUUCUGGUCGCCGCGUCGCUAGCUUGGAUGUUGACGGAGUCAUCAAGGUGUGGUCGUUCAACCCCAUCAUGCAGACCAAAGCCACCAUCAUGUCCAAAUCUCCUCUAAUGUCUCUGGAGUGGGCCACCAAACCAGACCGACUGUUGUUAUUAGGCAGCGGCGUUGGAACAGUACGGUUGUACGAUACGGAAGCCAAGAAGAAUCUCUAUGAGAUGAACAUCGACGAGGCUCAUCCACGUAUCUUGUCUUUAGCCUGCAGCCCCAGCGGUUCAUCGUUUGUCUGUUCAGCUGCAGCUCACAGUCGAUCUGGAAGUGGCGAGUCUGCUCCUCGACUUCCCAUAACGGUGUCUGGUCAGCUGCUGCUAUGGGACACCAAGACUGUCAAACAGCAGCUCCAGUUCUCUUUGGAGCCAGAACCAGUAGCCAUAAACUGCACAGCCUUCAAUCACAAUGGAAACCUGCUGGUGACUGGAGCCGCUGACGGAGUCAUCAGACUGUUUGAUAUGCAGCGGUAUGAGAGUGCGAUGAGCUGGAGAGCUCAUGAUGGGGAAGUUUACAGUGUGGAGUUCAGCUAUGAUGAAAAUACCGUCUUCAGCAUCGGAGAAGAUGGCAAGUUUAUCCAGUGGAACAUCCAUCGCUGUGGGGUUAAGCAGUCGGAGCAGAUUUUACCUCAGGACGCCACCGGGCCCUUCGUCCUGUCGGGGUACAGCGGCUACAAACAAGUUCAAGUCCCUCGAGGUCGACUCUUCACGUUUGACUCUGAAGGUCAACACGUCCUGACCUGUUCUAGCUCCGGUGGACUCAUAUACAGACUGGCCAGUGGGGAGUCAGCUCUGGAGAGGGUGCUGUCGCUGGGGGGGCAUAAAGCACCAGUGGUGACCGUCGACUGGUGCUCAGCAGUGGACUGCGGCACCUGCCUGACAGCCUCCAUGGACGGGAAAAUCAAAUUGAGCACGCUUCUAGCACAGAAGUCCUGACUGGGGACCUAACGGAGGUUCUCUGUUCUUGUGUGUCUGUGCAGUUUCAGAGAUGAAAGGAAGACUCGAGGAAUGUUUCAUGAUACAAACAAACCUGUUUUUAAAUCAAAUUAGGAUUAAAAUCUCACUGAAGGUUC